AUGCUUCGUUCCUUCCGUUACCUCACUGACCACGCUGGCUUCUGCGGUACCAUCAAAAACUCACCCGGUGACUUCGUAGUGACAGAAAUCGAGGUGCCGGAACACCUCCUUCGCGGUGCCCGGGCUGCAGCGCUUCAGGAAGACCUCGAGGCGCGGCUGGAACACAGCAGCCAGUGCCUGGAGCAACCCAAAAAGCUGAGAAGGGAGCUGCCGGCACCCUGUGCCGAGGGCUGUCAGGGUGGUGCGCCCAGGCCUUCGGAGCGCAGCCCCAACCAGGCCGGAGCCGGCUGUUCUGCAUCCCCGAACACACACCAGCAUGAGGGCGAACCUGGACUGAAAUCUGGCCGCGAGGAAGCUGAUGUAUUGGAUUCCUUCCUAGGCAAACCCAUGAGCGAGCUGCUCAAUAAAUUUGCUUCUGAUCUGAAGGAUGUGUGGGGCUUGGAAAAUAAUGCCGACGCGGGCGCUAGGGAGUUCUCACUGGGUCCUGUACUGGACAAGAAAAAUCGAGCAGAGUUACACAGUGCUGUUAGGCAGAAAUUCCCCUUUCUAGUCACUGUUACAAAAGACAAUGAAAUGAUUGUAAAAGGAAAUGCUGAUUACAGAGAACUUUGUCAGUUAGUGACUGAAAAGGAAACAAGCGAUUUCUUUAAAUUCUUAGAUGCGAAGGUAGAAAAUUCUACCUUUUCUUUCGAGCCUGAUGGAAACAAAGAGCACAGAAAAGUAGUUCACCACUUCAUCAAUCGAAAGUUUGGAAAAGUUUUAGAAACAAAGUCUUUUACUGUGACAGAUGUCAACAACCAGCCAAAUAUGUCAAUAAUGGUACGAUUUCGAGAAAGAAGUUGGUCCAGAAAAAGGUCUGCUGGUGGUUUCAAGGAAAAACAAGAUCUUUAUACAG